AGGGAUUGAGAGGCGCGCCGGGCGGUGGCGGGAACGAGGUACACGUCAGGAGGAGAGUUUCAGCGCGCGAAAGGAGCAGCAGGAAGCUGGAGCGAGCCGCAGCGCGAGCCCGGGUCGAGGUGAAGAUUAACGGUCAGAAACAAUCCGCAGCCAUCUCCAGAAACCAUGGCAGAGCCCAGGGAAACGCAAAAAGAAGAUCCUACAACAGAGGAGACUUCAACAGAAAACACAGAAGAUGCCAACCAUGACCCUCACUUUGAGCCAAUCGUAUCGCUCCCUGAGCAGGAAGUUAAAACGCUGGAAGAGGAUGAGGAGGAACUCUUUAAAAUGCGUGCAAAACUGUACCGGUUUGCUUCUGAGAACGAGCCUCCAGAGUGGAAGGAGAGGGGCACUGGGGACGUGAAGCUGUUGAGACACGCGGACAGGGGAACAAUCCGCCUGUUAAUGAGGAGAGACAAGACCCUGAAAAUCUGUGCAAACCACUACAUUUCUCCUGUGAUGGAGUUGAAGCCGAAUGCAGGUAGUGACAGAGCCUGGGUUUGGAACACACAUGCUGACUUUGCAGACGAACAUCCCAAACCAGAACUCCUGGCUAUCCGGUUCCUUAAUGCCGAGAAUGCACAGAAAUUUAAAGCAAAGUUUGAUGACUGCAGGGAAGAAGUGAGGAAGUUUCAGCAAGGUAGUGACAGUGCUGACAAAGUGGCAAGUAAGCUGGAGGAGCUGUCUGUAAAGGAUGACAAGAAGACCAAUGAGUCAGGAGACAAGAAGGAUGAAGCGGCUUGCAAGAAGAAAGAGGGUGAAGAAGUGAAGGGGAAGGCAGAAGAGAAGUAAACCAUGCUCCAACCUUCCUCCAAUUCAGUAUUUCUUUGUUUUGUUUAGUUUUUUUUGUUUUGUUUUUUUACAAUGGACGUUAUAAACAAACUGAAUUUUUUUCCCCCUUAAGCUUUUGCCCUCUCAGAUCACAAGAGCUUGGAGGCACUUCAGAGUAUCCAUUCUCCAGUCAUCAAUGUACUGUGCUGUUGUGUUUUUUUUUUUUUUCCCCCAUAGUGGAAAUAAGUUAAUAUUAUGGUCAUCUGUAACUCGGAAGUAUCUAACAUGAUGUCUUACUGUGAAAUAAGGCUUGUGAUAUUGAUUCCCUCAUUGGGUAGCACGUUGUCUCUUUUUUUUUUUCCCCCCUUGUUUAAAAAAAAAUACAAAUAAAGGGGAACAGAAGUACAUUUUCAUUGAGAAAUCACAGUUUGACUUUGGUGCGUGGUCUUCGGGUUACUGGUCAUUGCAGAUGUGGGUUAAGAUUGCAGCCUUGGGGCUUUAUGAAUUGGUGACUGGUCUGUUUUAGAAUUUGUUUAUUGAAAUAACAUGCCGUCUUCCGGACAUGUGCUCUUUUGUGUAGAAUCGCAAACAUAAGCCCCUUUCAUAGUGGCACUCCAGCCUGGGUCACAAUCUUGUGUAGUGUGAAACCACCUACCCAGGUUAACCCAGCUCCUAGCGAUCUACAUCCUGCAUGACAGCCGCCGAAAUAACAAGCAGCCACACCUGCGUGAAGGUUUCACUUCCGCAAGGAACGUUUUUAUUGCUUGAGACACCCCAUGAGCCAGAUUGCAGCAGGGCUGAAGAAACGUUUGCUCUAAUCCAUAAGUAUUGUUUGCUUUUCACCCAGGUCAUCCUGCUUAAUCAAGCACUGUGAAAUCACAUAGCUGACCCCCGUGACACCGGGUCCUAACCUGGGUAGAUCAUGCCAGUGUGAAAGGGGCUGUAGUUAUUCAUGCAGGUGCCAGUGUGUCUCACAUCACUGGUUUCACUGACCCAUAUUUCCACUAUUCUUAGGCUAUUAUAGGUGUGGUUGUCCAAGAUUAGUUAUAAUCUAUAUCUGCAAGUCAAGCUGUAAAUGUGCUUUAAGCUAUAAUGUCUUUCAAUAUCCUCAAAUGGUUAGAAAGCAAAUGCUUAUACUAUGCCUCCCCCAUCUAAGUGAAGUUCACGUGCUGUGUUCAGUUUGUUUAGUGAUUCGAUGCUUGCAGUAAGAUUGGAAUUGCGUAUUGGUUUAUUACAUUAGCAGCGUGUCUAACUGGAAUCUGGAAAGGCAAGUCCUUCUGUGCGGAGUAGAAAUGAGAGGGAGAGAAAUGGGACCCCUGGUGCUGACUGCAUGGCAGGCUAGUAACCAGCUCCAAGCAGUGGCUGUAUGGGUUGCCAAAGAGACUCCUCUGCUGGUGUGAGGGGGUGAACAAUGCAGCAAAACAAGAAUGUAUAAAGGCUUGAGAAGAUAUUAAAAGCAAACGUUGGUACCAUGCCUAUAUUAAUUAUAACUUGUGCUUCCCUAUAUCUCCUGUAGAAUGAAUAGGAAGGAGCAGGUUAGGUGACACACAUACUGUUUCUUUACUAAACUUUCCAGCAUUCUUGUGAGCACUUUAUUCUUUGACAGUGUGGAUAUGGUACUUGCAUAGCAAAUCACAUUGGAUGUUUAUUGAAGGUUUCCAUUCUGAAUGAUCUUGCUUUUUAUAGUGACAACGUGUUACAAAUGAUGUAAAAAAAAAGUUGAACAAAAUCAAAUGAAUUAAAAUGUAAUACUGGCAA